UAUAUAUAUAUUUUAAUCACACUUUCUAAACAAGUGUGAUUAUAUAUAAUUUUUAAUCCCAAGUUCUAAAUUAGUGUGAUGAAUAUAUAUUCCUUCAAUCCCAAAAAUUAAAUUCCAAAGUUCAUUCUGACGCCCAGCCCUAGUCCCUCACUCACUCACUCUCUCUCUCUCUCUCUCUUUCUCUUCCUCUUCUCUCUCUCAUCUGAGAUCCAGAUCAUGAGGUAGAUCAAAAUCCAAAUCCCAGGGCCAACCGCCACUCCUUCGUUGGAACUUCCAAGCCUCUCAUGUCAGUCCCUGCAUUUCUUUUUCUGUCUUUCGACAAUGAUGAUGAGAUCAUGUUCUGGAUGACGGUAAGAUCAAUGGUUCACGAUGACGAUCUGGAAACCGUACCGAAGAUGUGUUAAAUGUAGAAAUCUGGAUGGUAAUGGGUUUGCGAUUUGUAUGAUGAUCUCGAAGCUGUGUUAGACCAGAUCUUUUCUUGCGAUUCACCAAGAUCAGAGGGUUUAUCAAAACCCCAACGAAUACAUGGGCAGGGCAGGGCAGAGAAGAAGGUAAUGAAGCACGGAGACAGAGGGUUUAUCGAUUCUUCAACUAUUUGUGUACAAUGGUUCUUGUAUUGCAGUCUUGGAGGUCACAGUGGUUAUUAUGCUUAGUAGAAUCAACGUUGAGUUGAGAAAUGAACAUGUUGACAGUGAAUGGAUCUAACCCCACAAUGGCAGUUGCGACAACUACUGCGGGUGAUCAGCAAUUGCAACAGACUGCAAAUGUAUCUGAGAAAGAGAAAGAGAAUGAAACAUCAAUAACAAGUAACGACAAUGACAAUGACAUUGGCAAUGGAAGUGGCAAAGAAAGCCCCUAUUUGCAUGAGGAAAGUGAUUUACCAUAAAGUUUCUCGAAUUGAAGCAAUCAGUGAGCAGCUUGAUACGCACAUGCAGCUUGAUGUAAACAUAGAGAUAUAUCCUCUCCAUGUUGGGGAGAAAUUCAUGAUGGUAUUAGCAUCCACUCUAAACUUGGAUGGAACACCUGACAGUUGUUAUUAUACUCAGACUGCUACUAGAUCCUCCUUUUUGCUGGUGGCUGAUGGUUGUUGCUUGUUGGUCUGCUGUAGCUGUUGGUUUGCUGCUGCGGGUUUGCUGUUGCUGCCGCUCUCGUGA